AUGUUGAAGUCAAGCCUAUCACAGGCGAAGUUAAACCUGUCUCAGGCGCUGUCUCUAGACCGUGGCGCUCUGCUGGAGAGCGUCAAUGAUAGCUACGAGCACCAUGCUCUCACGAAGCAUGUCAAAACAGGCACGAUGCGCACCGACGAGGCCGUGCUGCUCUGGUGCAGGUCAGACGAGGCCAUCUUGCGCAAGGCGGGCUCGGUGCGCAUCGACGAUGCGCCCCGCCGGACAGGCCGGUCUAGGAACAAAAGUUCGCCCAGGUCACCACCGGCCAACCUCGGGCUUGAGUACACCGGACAGUCCAUGUUCAGCCUCUCGGACACCUCGCUGGCGAGCCCAUCCAAGAUGACCAUGUCACAGCAGAGGUUCAGCAAGCAGGUCGGCUGGCCAGAAGUCCAGGGAAAGGAUGCGGACAUCGAGGUGGAGGAGAUCCGGCUCACCAGGGCCACCGAGGAGCUGUUCGUGGCGUUCAGGAGACUCUGCUCCCCCGAGAACUUCGGCCACAGCUGGACGCAGGCGAACUGGGCGGCGGUGGCGCAGGUGCUGACGCGCCUGAGCGGCCGCGCGCACGCCUCUGGCUGGCUGCCCAGGCACAGCAGCAGCCAGCCGCCCUCCGGGUGGCUCGAGGCGACGGCCGACAGCCUCGGCACGGAAGAGCCCGGGCAGGCGGGCCCCGCGGACGCGGGGGAGGGCCUGCUGCAGGCGCGGGUGCUGAGGAUGGCGUGCUUCCUGUCGCAGCCGCAGCCGCAGGGGCCCCUGCGGGACCUGCAGGGCAAGCUCUCGGAGGAGGUGCGGGCCCUCUCCGGCAUCGCCCUGGCGCAGUUCCGCGAGUGCGGUGUGGCGCUGGGGCGCCUCAUGGACGCCCAGGAGAAGGAUUCGCGGGAGAAGCUGGACUGCAUCCUGGCGGACGCCUACGCCGGCCUCGCGCGAAACUUGGCGGUGCUGCGCCAGCGGCUGGGCGACGAGAUGCACCAGGCGCUCGAGGCGACGCAGGCCCCCCUCUGGUCUGCGGCGGUGGCCGCGAGGAGCCUCCCCUCCGACGCCUCGGUGGCGGCCCGCAGCCCACCGGCCCAGGAGGUGGCGUCGAGCCCGGGCCCCGGCUUCCCGCUGUUCGCGCAGGGCGAGCAGGGCGAGGGCGACUCUUUCGGCCCGCUGCACCAGAACGUGCUGCUCAGCUGCCUCUCCUCUCUGGCGGAGGUUGCGCCGGGCCAGGGCGGGUCUUGGGGCAAGAGCGAGGAGGACCGCCGCGUGGAGCAGGUCCUGCAGAAGGUCCUGAACUCGUCGGAGGGCGCGCCGGAGAGCUCCGCCAGCGGCGACCCGCCCCCGGUCGCCAGGUUCAACGUCGAGUUCACCACGGCGCAGCUCCGCCGCAUGCAGCGCGCGGUGAGGGACCGCGACCCCGAGGUGGCUGGUGCCCAGGGGCUGCUCCAGGACACGCUGGACCGGUACUCCGAGCUCGCCAAGGCCAUGGUGGCGGCCUACGGCGACGAGAGCGUGCUGCGGGCAAGCCCAGCCGAGGUGGCGCAGCACGAGACGCUGCUUGGUCUGGUGCGGGAGCUGCGGGAGCUCUGGAGGGACGCAGGGGCUCUGCUGGAAGCGUCGCGCCGGGCCGACCUCCUGGCGCUGGAGCGGGUGCGGGUGCGCCACCGCAAGGUGGUGCUGAACGCCUUCCGCAAAGGCGGCGACGAGGCCGCCGCGGUGGUGCUCGCGCGACUGGCCCUGGUGGACGAGAUGCUGGAGGACCCCUCGGAACGGCGCUUCACCAAGAGCGUGCCGCUGAUGAUGCGGAAGCCCUACGAGCUGGUAGAGGGCAUCGUCGCCCGGCUCGGAGCCGGCGGCGCCGACGCCCCAGCACGCCAGCCGCACAGGCGGCGCCGCUGGCUGCGGUGCCCACACUGCACCACUCACGUGGUGGUGGCUGGCGAGGUGUGGUGCCAGCUGAUGCACCGCUUCCUCUAUGCGGAGGCCGCUUUCGAUCCCCUGAGCGUCCUCGGGCAGGAGCCGCUAACGCAGCGCGAGUUCCGUAUCCUGAGUGUGCUGUUGGAGCUUCAGAUGAGCGAGCGGACUUGCAACGUGGUGUACGAGAGCGCCGUGGACCUCACCCGGGAGAUCACGGGCAACGCGGUGCCCGGCCAGGCCACAGUGGCCGGCCUCCAGGAGCUCGUGCUCCGAUACGGGGAGCGGGGGUCAGGCGACCUCGGCAUCGUCGUGUCGGCCGCCCUGUCGGCCGCCUGGGUCGGCGUCCACGCCAUGCACGAGGACUGGAGACGACUUCGAAGUUGUCGGUAG